AUGCGUGAUUCUGAUGGUGAUGGUAUGACUGAGGAAUGGUGGGCCCCAUGUUGUAAUACCACAAACCAUUCUGGUGCAAGCGCUCAAGGUGGCACCACGAAAACCAAACGGCUGAGCAACCACAAUGUCAACCCAGGGGGUGUGAUCAAAAAUGUUUCUAUGACUGCGCACGCGCAAUCAGAAGAGACUUUCUUUAUAGGACCAAUGGAAGCUUCAUCAUCGGACUAUAGUGAUGAGGAGGUGGGGGUGCUAGCCCGUGGUCAGAAACUUUGGGUUCGCGGAGUAAGAAGUCACACCACAUGCGCUGAUAUUGUACGAGCCUUACAGGAUGCGCCUGAAGGUGAAGGUAUCAGCGACCAUGGGGAGUGGGUUCUCGCUGAGAGGUGGCGUGGCGUUGAACGACCUCUUCCACCAGAUAUUCCAGUUUUACACGUUUUGGCUGCCUGGGGUGAUGCUAGGCAUGAGGUAAGACUGUCUCUUCGAAGGUUAUCUAGCGGUGGUGAAGAGGAUUCAGGAAGAGAUAGCGAUGGUGGAAGUCGAGCUCGUUCACGACGAAGAAAAAAAGGCAUUCGAGCGGCCACACCACCUCCAAGAUCUAAGAGUGAGGACCCAGCCACCAGACUCGUCUCCGUUAUACAACACCAGAGCAGAACUAUUCACCAACAGCUAGAUAAGUUAAGAGAACAAGAGAAACUCAUCGAUCAUUUAGAAGAUCAGACACACAAAACUAGAAUGGAAAAACACGGAACGAACUACCUUCUUGAAUCGUAUCUUCGUGAUUUAGGAAGAUGUAGCGAGCUCAAUGAUAGCCAGGCUGGUAACAGUGAUAGCGGGGUCGGAGUUGGCAGUGGAACUCCACCGAGACGGCACACGAAACACAAAUCACGACGAGAGAGACAUCUGAUGAGAGAGCAUUACUUCACAAAAGAACUUACAGACAUAUGCCAGAUAAACUCCGACAGACUCAUGCAAACACCGAACGAUACAGACUCGGAUGCAUCAGCUGACGAAUUAACAAGGAUAAGAGAAGAAAUAGAGUUAUUAGAGAAACUGGCCAUCAUCAACAAGAGAUUACACAGAGAAGAGGAACUCGUUGUCAGGUUAACUGCGAAGGUCAAACGAUAUAUGGACGAAAAUAAGGCCAAUAGCUGCGAAAAUGUAUCCCAAGUGACGAUACUCAUUGACAAAAUCGAGGAAGAAUUAGCAAAAACCACCCAAGAGAUGCAAGACAAUACGAUAGAAUUGGAACGAGCUGACAAAGAAGUUGAAUUCAGAAUGAAACUGAUAGAAGAAUUGACGAUAGAAUUGGAGAAAGAAGAAUUACAGAACACGAUACUAGAACGACAAUUGAACGAAGCGUCAAGCAGACAACCCAUUAUCUUGCAAGAAAGCUACAUACCAGUUCUAGAACAAGCUAGUAGCACGCCACCUGUGUUUUCUUACAGCGGUAACGGCUACGUACUUGAUACUCUUGUAUGA